UUGAGUUCCAUGACCUGGCCAACGCGGUCAGCUGCUUCUCUAACACGCCGCAUUUCUUCAUCCAGCGAUCUCACGCGGCCUCCUACUCGUUCCGCUGUUGUCGCCGUUGCCGAGACCGUCCGAGACAAAAGAGUUGCAUCCUCGGUAAGAGUGUCGAGGGAAGGAAUCAAGGAUUGCAGACGCGCGAGGGAGGCUACGAUAGGCUCUCUGGCAGAAAGCAGUUCAGACAGGGAGUUGGAGAGUUGUGCUUCUUCAGAUUGGUAUUCGGAUAUUGAAGACAGAAUUUCUUGCAAGCUUGUCGUUGAACGCGGAGACCGCAUCUCGGUCACGCGUCACGACGCGCUCUUUUUUUGCUCAGCCAUGGCAUCCCAGCCGGCUGUUUUCACUACUCAGACGCCCUAUCCUCUGCCGCCACAGUCUUUCAUGAUUCCGACAGCAUGGUCUCGAUACCAGCUAUCUCAACUGAUCAACAAAGCGCUUUCCCUUCCAAAGCCGAUCCCUUUCGACUUCCUGCUCCGGGGAGACAUCCUCAAAACAUCCCUUGCUGACUGGUGCUCUCAAAAUGCUGUGGGGGAAGAAGAGACCCUCGAAAUAGAAUAUAUCGAGUCUGUUUUACCGCCUCAAAAAAUGGCAGAUCUGCCUCACGACGACUGGGUAUCCGCCGUCUCCUGCAAACUUGAUCGAUACUUCCUGACUGCCUCCUAUGAUGGGCAACUACGUGCUUUUGAUUACUCCCAAAAGCAAAAAUGGAGCACAUCAAUCCACCGCGCUGCUAUAACAUCAUUUUGCAUUGUCCCGGCCCCUGAAAUGUGCCUAGUCGCAACCGCCUCUCAUGACCUAACCGCUCAGCUUACGCGGAUUUCGGUUGACGACUCCUCAGAAGCAAGCAAGCCGUUGGCUUCUUUACAUUUGCACACAGAGCCAGUUUCCGCCAUUGCCAGCAAUGCGUCGGGGUCACAGCUUCUGACUGCCUCGUGGGAUGGACUGGUUGGGCUGUGGACCACCGAAAUACCUGACCAAGAUGAGGUCUCCGAGCCCGUCCUGCCUGAGCGCAAGAAACGGAGAAAGGUCGAGGAAAAUCGACCGAAAAAGAAAGCACCGUUGACGGUGUUGAAAUCACACACAGGACGCGUUUCAGAUGUCGCGUUUGGCGAAGAGCUGAAUGCACACAGCUGUGGAUUCGACUCCAGUCUGCGGUUAUGGAACCUCGAGCUUGGUGUUUGUGCAACAACAAUCAACUGCUCCGAGCGUCCAUUUGUAGCACUUUCCGCCUCGUCUGCAACAGUUGUAGCGGCUUCUACGGAUCGGACCGUCUCUCAAUACGACUUUAGAGAAUCCAAUCCAACACCUUCGGCUAUAAUGACCCAUCCAGCAACGCCUUCAUGUCUCGUCCGUUCACCGAGUAGUCCCCAUCAGGUUCUCAGUGGCGCGUACGAUGGAGUAGCGAGAAUAUGGGAUCUGCGCAGUGUCAAAACAUCGACGCCAGUUGCCAGCUUUAAGGUCUGGGAGGACAGCAAAAAAAUCCUGAGUAUCGACUGGCGAGUGGGCGGAACGGUAGCAGUUGGGGGGGAGCGUGGUCUGGGCGUCUGGAAGGUGGUAUCGUGA